AUGGCCAGGCUCCGCCCCGGCCUGCUGCUCCUAAUGGCCACGGUGGCCCUCGCGUCCAGAGGCGUCCAGGCCUGGGGUUCAUCGAAGGUGGUGAGGAAAUUCCAAGACGUCCCCGAAUCCUACGUAUACGUGGAGCAGGCACUGUGGUUCGCCAUGAAGGAGUACAACGAGGCCAGCAAGGACGAGUACACCUUCAAGGUGUUGCAGAUUCUGAAGUCCCAGGAGCAGGUCACAGAUAGUUUGGAUUACCUUCUUGAAGUCAAAAUUGCCCGGACAAUGUGCAAGAAAGCUUCAGGGGGAAAUGAAAACUGCUUAGUACAACGGGAUCCCAAAAUGCAGAAGAUGUUUCAUUGCACCUUUAUUGUGGCAUCCAAACCCUGGAACUUUGAACUCAAUAUGCUGAAGAAAGAAUGUCAGCCUGUCUAA